GAGAGAGGAGCUAUUGUCAAGCUCUAACAUCACUUGGAUAUCAAAAAAUGGACUCUAACAUGACUAUUGUGAGGCCAGCAUACUUCAUUAUCAUGGGCUUUUCAGGCAUCCCUCAUGUUAACUACUACUAUUUAUUUUUACUGGUGCUGUACAUCAUGUCAGUGGUGGAAAACGGGAUAGUGAUGGCCUUGAUCUGCUUCGACCAGAGUCUCAAGACUCCAAAGUAUAUUGCUGUGUUUAACUUGGUGUUUGUAGACAUGGUCGGCAGCUCGGCACUGUUGCCCAAGGUUAUAGACACCUUCUGGUUCGACCACAAGUACAUCUCGUACAGCAACUGCUUAACCUAUUUGUUUUUUUAUUAUGUGAUCCUCAUCAUGCAGUCUCUUAAUCUGGCUUUACUCUCCUUUGACAGGCUAAUAGCGAUCACCUUUCCAUUACGUUAUCAGAUCAUUGUGAAUCUGAAGACCAUGUUCUCACUGGUAGCUGCUUGCUGGAUUAUCUCCAUAUUUGACAUGUUAGUAGCUGUAGGGUUUCUUAUCCGGCUGUCCUUCUGCAGGUCUGUUGUUAUCAACAGCUAUUUCUGUGACUAUGGGCCGCUCUAUGAACUUGCCUGCAAUGACUAUCGGCCCAAUGAUAUAAUUUCCACAGUGAUACCAGUUUUUAUUAUUUGGGCUCCAUUGCUCUUUAUUUUGAUAUCUUACAUGUGCAUUGGUGCAGCUUUGGCUAAAAUAGCUGGAGGACAAGAUAGGAUGAAGGCUUUUAAAACAUGCAGUGCCCAUAUAAUGUUGGUAAUUAUUUUUUUUACUCCUAUUCUAGUCACUUUUAAUGUUGCCGCUAAAAUGCCUUGCAAUGCAGGGAUAAUUAGUCUUUCUCUUGCAGCAGUCAUACCUCCAGCGUUUAACCCACUGAUUUAUGUUCUACAGACUGAGGAAAUCAAACUGUCUCUGAAAAAGAUGUUGAACAAAAUGAAGCAAUCAAAAAUUGCAUUGAAGUAG